CACACAAGUCGACCAAGCAGCAGCAGCAGCAGCAGUAGCAGCACUAAACUCACACCCAGCCCCACAACCGAAAGCCAUGUCGACGGGCCCGAGGACCAUCCACGCGUACGCCACGUUCGCCAAGGGCGAGGACGCCAAGCCCUGGGAGUACCAGUCGCGGCCGCUGGGCCCCGAGGACGUCGAGAUCAAGAUCUCGCACUGCGGCAUCUGCGGCUCCGACCUGCACACGAUGGACAGCGGCUGGAGCCAAACCAUGUACCCGUGCGUGGUGGGCCACGAGAUCGUGGGCGAGGUCACGCUGGCAGGCGAGCAGGUCAAGGAGCUUAAGGUGGGCGACCGCGUGGGCGUCGGCGCGCAGGUCUGGGCCUGCCUCAACAAGUUCCCCGAGGACCCGUGCAAGGAGUGCGCCAACGGCACGGACGCCUACUGCCGCCACCGCGUCGGCACGUACAACUCCAAGUACCGCAAGACGGACGGCGCCAUCACCUACGGCGGCUACGCCGACUACAUCCGCGUCACGCACGAGUUCGCCAUCAAGAUCCCGGACAACAUCCCGUCGGACGUGGCCGCGCCGCUCAUGUGCGCCGGCACGACGGUCUUCACGCCGUUCAAGGAGGUGGGCAUCAAGGAGGGCGACCGCGUGGGCAUCGUGGGCAUCGGCGGCCUGGGCCACCUGGGCAUCCAGUUCGCCAAGGCCAUGGGCGCCGCGGCCGUCGUGGCCUUCUCGCGCUCGGCCAACAAGGAGCAGGAGAUCCGCCGUCUCGGUGCCGACGAGUUCGUCGUGUACACGGACGAGAAGCAGGCGGCGGACGCGGCCAACUCGGUGGACAUCCUGCUCAUCACGGCCGACGCCAACAACAUGCCCUACACGUUGUUCCUGAGCUUCCUGGCCGUGCACGGCACGGUCAUCAUGGUGGGGCUGCCCAACGACGAGAUCAAGUUCAAGCCGUACCCGCUCGUGGGCAAGGGCGCCAACUUCAAGGGCAGCGCCAUCGGCAGCAUCCAGGACAUCAAGGACAUGCUCGAGGUCGCGUCCAAAAAGAACGUGCGCCCCGUGAUCCAGAAGAUGCCUAUGAGCAAGGUGAACGAGGGCAUCCAGAUGGUGCGCAACGGCACGGUGCGCUACCGCGUCGUGCUCGAGAACUAAAGCACUGUCUGUCCUGCUUGUCCACGUUGUCAAGGUAGAUAGCCAGCAGCAUAGCUAGCUAAGAGAAAAUGUACAACAACACUUAAACGCACGU